GGAAAUCUAGAUGGUGCUGUUGGUGUUGACCCUGCUAGUGAGAAUGAUGAUACUGUUGCUGAAGAACCCGCUUCAGCUGUUGUAGCUUCAUUAAAUUUGUAUAGAGAGGCUUUAGCAAAUAAUGAUGAGAUGAAAGUUGCUGAUCUUGAAUCGUUCCUUGAAUCCAUAGAAAAUGAAAAAACUGAACUUGAGAGGAAAGUGGUCACUUUAUCUGAAGAAUUGUCAUAUGUGAAGGAUCGGAUUCUUAGAAUUAGUGCUGACUUUGACAAUUUCAGAAAGAGAACAGAGAGAGAACGGCUUUCACUGGUAUCAAAUGCACAGAGUGAAGUCGUGGAAAAACUGUUGCCCGUUUUGGAUAACUUCGAGAGAGCUAAAGCCCAGAUAAAGGCGGAAACAGAGGGAGAGGAGAAGAUUAAUAACAGUUAUCAGAGCAUAUAUAAGCAGUUCGUGGAGAUUCUGGUAUCCGUUGGUGUUGUCCAGGUGGAGACAGUGGGGAAACCAUUUGAUCCAAUG